UACCUGUCACCGGAAAUUCACUUGUUUAUCAGGGCCGUCAGCUUGAGCUGCUGCCUGCUGAAGACUGCCCCCUCCCUGGAUCCCAGCGGCACUAACCCCCCAACCGCCCCCGACCCCGGCACUGGGGGUGGGGGUGAGGCCUGCGCCAGAAGGUUCUCCGCAAUUCUUGGGAAGAUGUAGCAUUAGUCCUCCCUAUUGGAGGCUCUGCUCUCCGCCCUCACCUGCGGCUUCGGCCCCGCCUGGCUGCUGCGUCCCAGGACCCAAUGCCUAGUGCUGGGCUCGUGGUGCUUUCCUAGCCUGGACACUCCUCCCAGGUCCUCCUCUGAUUCAGAUAUCUCCAGCCCCAGCUGUUCCUCCUCCAGGACUCUGUGCCCUGCGGCUGCCUGGCAUCUGGGAGUCUCCUUAGAGCCAGGGCUCUUCUGGCAGAGGCUGAGGCUCACUAGUGUCUUCUGGCCCCUCAAUGAGUGAGGCAAACCGAACCACUGUGGAGCCCUCAGAGCUCCCCACAGCAUCCGCCGUAUCCCCUGGACUGGGCAGCGGGGCCCGGGCAUGGCCUGUGCUGGUAGGGGUCGUGCUGGGGGCUGUGGUCCUUUCUCUCCUCAUCGCACUUGCUGCCAAAUGCCACCUCUGCCGCAAAUACCGUGCCAGCUACCAGCACCGCCCGCUGUCUGGGACAGGGAAAGGGGUCCGCCCCGAGGUGGGUGAAGAUGAGGAUGACGAUGGCUUCAUCGAGGACAAUUACAUUCACCCUGGGGCUGGUGGGCUGGGGAUGGAGGGAAGUAGGGACCACUUCUCCCUCUGAGCCCUCAUCUUCGGACCCCCCCACCCCUAUGCCCAACAGCUUAAGGACAGCAGAUACUUUGUGGGAACCGCAAGCCUCAGGGACUUGGUGGCUAGGGCUUAAGGGCUGACCAGGGGUAGAUCAAUCCUCCCUUCCUUGACACUAGCCACCAAAGUGACCAUGACCCUCUCUUGCUCAGUAACCCUCAAUGGCUCCCUCCUGUUCUUGGGAUAAAGUCUACCAAGCCCCUGGCUAUGAAAUCAGGCCUCUGUCAGCCUUUGGUUUCCUUUCCUGCCUUUCCCUACUUUACUCCCUACUUAACCAAUUAUUUGUUAUUCCUCCCCCACCUACCAUGCUCUUUCUCCAUGGACCUUUGCUCACCCUCUUCCCUUGUCUCCCUGCCCUUCUCUUCUCCCAAGUCCUUUAUGACAGCGAUGAGAAUCCCUGGCCAGUAGACCCCAUGGGGACUGCCUACCUGCCAGCAUUUCAAAUGUGCCCAGGUGAUAACAUCUUAGCAGGUGAAAAUCAUUGUGCCAAGUUUCUUAGGGAGAUUUUUUUCCUAUCAAUCAAGUGGUAAUCUAAAUAGUUAUAAUAUAUUAUGUUUUUCACAGAUACUAAUAAAUCUAUUUUCAUUUUAAAUAAAAAUGGGAAGAAGUCACUCAUUUUUUAUUUUCCUGAACUGAAACUUGUGCAUAAACAUGUCCCUUGUCGCUCAAAGCCAUGAUAGUGCUCGGACAUCCCCUCCCUGGGACACCUUCCCAGAGCCCCUCCCUUCCAUAACACCUGUGAGUUUCCCUACCAGUCUCUUACCACGUUUAAUUUUAAUCUUUAUUACAAUUUGCACUAACCCCUUACCAGGCUAGACUGUGAAUUCUCUGAGGCCACAGUCUGUGCCUUCUUCUGUGUCCUCAGAGUCUCUCACACGGCAGAUGCUAAAUAAAUAUUUGUUGACUUUGUUGAA